UCUUCGUCGACGUCAUUAGAUAGACUCAGGACCUGGAGUAUAAACCGCACGCUACGGACCUCCCCGUGCCAGUUCGGAAGAAACAAGCCCAGGGAUCUCACCCGCGCCCUUUGAAUUUUUGACUUCACUUCCUAUCCAAACAGGUCGGACCGGCACGAAAGAAAGGAAACGCUGUGUGUCGCGGCCACGGUCUCCACUCCAUCUUUGACCUUUGCGCGCGGCGGACGAGCAGGGAGCCGACGAGGGAAGUUACUCAGCCGCUGGUUCCAGGGUUUCUGACUUUCAUCAUGAAAAUCUGGAUCGUUUUCGCCGUCGCUGCCUUCGCAGCGGGAGCCUCAGCUCAAUCCUGCACGUGUGACACCGCCAAGUGGGCCACCUGCGACGGAUCUCAGUGCUCGUGCCACGUCAUGGUCGGCGACAACGUCAAACAACAGCUGGACUGCACCAAACUGAUCCCCAAGUGCUUCCUGAUGAAGGCCGAGAUGUUCUUGGCCAGAAAGGGCAAGGACACUCGCGGGGUGGGAGGAAAGCCACUGGAGACGGCCUUUGUGGACAACGAUGGCAUCUACGACCCCGAGUGUGAGAGCGACGGCAAAUUCAAGGCCAAGCAGUGCAACAACACAGAGGAGUGCUGGUGUGUCAACAGCGCUGGCGUGCGGCGAACCGACAAGGGAGACAAGAAUAUCAAGUGUGAGAAGCUGGUGGAGACCUUCUGGGUCCGUCUCCAGCUGACCCACAAACCAGUGCCGAAUCCAGUGAAAGCUGACAGUUUGAAGAUAGCCAUUGCAGACGCCAUUCACAAUCGUUAUGCCAACUUCAACAAGGAACUGGUGAAGGAGAUCCAGUAUGACCCUGAAGCCCGCAUGAUUGUGUUGGAUGUGAAGAAGCCGAAGGGAGAUCGCAAGAGUGACCUGGCCCAAAUGGCCUAUUACAUGGAGAAAGACGUGAAGGUGCUUCCCCUGUUCAAGAACCAGAACAAGUUCGAGCCCACUGUGGACAACCAGAAGCUGGAGAUGGAGAACAUCCUGGUGUACUAUGUGGACGAGGAGCCCCCAACCUUCACCAUGAAGAACCUGUCAGGCGGGAUCAUUGCCGUCAUCGUGGUGGUGGUGCUGGCCGUGGUUGCCGGCCUGCUGGUCCUGUUCUUUGCCAGAAGGCGACAGAAUCAGCGGUACAACAAAGCUCAGCAAAGGGAGAUGGAGAACAUGUAAAGUCAUCACUGCAGCGGGAGUCUGUGAAGAGUCAGCCGGUCCUCUGGAUGAACUUUUUUUUUUUUUUUUUUUGCCGUGGGAGUACGCCACUUUCCGCCAUUUUACUUGAGGAAUGCAGAUUCUAAAGGAACAAUCACCUUGAGACCACUGGUUCUGCCAUUUAUUUAUAAAUCGUGUAAAGUCUUAAGACAUCAUUCAAUCUAUAUGCCACUAAAACCUUUCUUUUUAAAAUAUGCUGGGCACAUGCCACAUUUUAAUGUUAGAACUUGUUGAAUGGUUUAAAGUCCUCGUCGUAGAUUGUACAGUUUCUUUCUUACUAACGUGUUUGAUGGAUUGUUUUUAAUAAAAAUAUUUUUAAAAGAC